UAAUAAUUAUCAUUACCGACUUCAGCUCUUCAAGUGUCUUCAACCACAUAAAAAAUAUCAGCCAUAUUUACAGUCCUCAGUUCAGUUUUACUCUCCCUAGUCUCUAAUGGAGCAGUCAACACGGUCCAACUCCCUUAACCUCGUCCUUGUCUUCUUCUUCUUCCUCUCCUUCUGUAACAUCCCAACUUUAUUAUCAUUACCCUCCUCUUCUUCUUCUUCUUCUUCUUCAACCUCUGCUUUUCCCAAUGAAGCUCUCCCCACUAAAUCAGGCUAUCUCCCUGUCAAUCCCACCACUGGUUCCGCCAUUUUCUACACUUUCUAUGAAGCCCAGGAACCCAUUUCGACUCUCUCCCAAACCCCACUUCUCAUUUGGCUCCAAGGUGGCCCUGGCUGCUCCUCCAUGACUGGUAACUUCUUUGAACUUGGACCCUGGCGUGUCAAUUUUCAUAAGGCCAAGUCUGACCCCCUUGUUCUCGAACCCAAUUCUGGUUCUUGGAACCGCUUAUUCGGCCUUCUUUUCCUCGAUAAUCCGAUUGGAACUGGGUUUAGUAUUGCUUCUACACCCGAAGAAAUCCCAAGAGAUCAAUAUACUGUUGCCACGCAUCUUUUUGCUGCAAUCACUUCGUUUAUUGAACUAGACCCAUCGUUUAAGUUUCGUCCAAUAUAUAUUACGGGUGAGAGCUAUGCAGGUAAGUAUGUUCCAGCGAUUGGAUACUAUAUUUUGAAGAAAAAUGCAGACUUGGCCGUGUCUGAGCAGGUGAACUUAGCAGGUGUUGCUAUUGGAAAUGGUUUGACUGACCCGAUCAUUCAGGUGGCAACUCAUGCCGUGAAUGCUUACUUUUCGGGUUUGAUCAAUGAAAGGCAAAAGAGUGAGUUGGAGAAAGCUCAAUGGGAGGCAGUUGGGCUGACCAAAUCGAAGAAUUGGAGUGAGGCCACAAAUGCUAGAAAUAAGGUCUUGCAUUUGUUGCAAAACAUGACAGGGUUGGCCACAUUGUAUGAUUUUACAAGGAAAGUUCCUUACAAUUCUGACUUGGUUACUGAUUUUUUGCGAAACAAUGAGGUGAAAAAGGCCUUAGGAGCGAAUGAAUCGAUUGUGUUUGAGGAAUGUAGUGAUGCAGCGGGGGAUGCAUUGCAUGACGAUGUGAUGAAGAGUGUGAAAUAUAUGGUGGAGUUUUUGGUGAAGAAGAGCAAGGUUUUGUUGUAUCAAGGGCACUUUGAUUUGAGAGAUGGUGUCGUUUCAACUGAGACUUGGGUGAAGACAAUGGAUUGGGAGGGAGUUGGGAAUUUUUCAAUGGCAGAGAGGAAGGUUUGGAAGAUAAAUAAAGCGCUUGCUGGGUUUGUGCAGAAAUGGGGGAGUUUGAGUCAAGUUGUGGUUUUGGGGGCUGGGCAUUUUGUGCCUACUGACCAGCCACUGAGUUCACAGGCAAUGAUAGAAGACUGGGUUUUGGAGAGGGGCUUAUUUGGCCAUCAACAAGAGGAGGAUUUGUCAUCAAAUUUCCUGGGUGCAUUGUAAAAUUUGUUCCUCUUAUUCUCUUGUUGUUGUACUUUGUAUCAAUUAGUAACUCAAAUCAUGGGCAAGCUUAAAAUGGGAUGUUAAGAACAUUGCAAUUUGCAUCACUGAAUAAAUGAUCUGCCUUGAUUUGUCGGAUUUUA